AUGAGAAGUGAAUUGUCUAGUAGAUCUGAAGUAUCAAUUACAUAGGGAGAACUCGCAAAUGAGGACUUCCCUGAUAAAAAUAAGGAGUAAAAGAAUGGUUAAAUAAAUGCAAAUAAUAAGAACAAUAAUGCAAACAAUGAAGAAGAUUAAAUUUUAGAUAACCCUAAGAUACUAGUUAAGUAAUCUAGCAAAUCCAGCGAUUCAACAUCCCCUGAAUCAGAUUAUUUAAAUUUUGAUUUUGGCGAUAGCGAAGAAAAAAAAUUUUCUAAUUUUUUUUUGCCUAUAAAAAUUUUGGGAAGUGGUGCAUUUGGUAAAGUAGUGCAAGCGAGGGAAAUAAAAACUAAGAAAGAAUAUGCAGUAAAGAUAAUUGCAAAAAACAAUGUCUCAAACGGUGAAAUUGAUAGACUCAGAAAGGAAGCUAAAAUUUUAAGUCAACUAGAUCAUAAAAAUAUUGUGAAAUUUGAAAGGGUUUUUGAAUCAGAAACAAGGAUAUUUAUUGUAAUGGAGUUACUUUUAGGAGGUACGUUAAGACAAUUAAUGAGUGAAAGAAAGAAAUCAAAGUAGUGGUUUACAGAGUAAGAGGCUGCAUAAAUUAUGAAUAAUAUUAUCAAUGGAGUUGCUUACUUCCAUGGUAAAAGUAUAGUCCACCGUGAUUUAAAGCCAGACAAUAUUCUAAUUGGUGAUAAGAACGAUUUGGAUACUGUUAAAAUAGCUGACUUUGGUUUAAGCGCUGCUUUUGAAGCAAAAAAAAGCAUUUCCUUUACUCAAUAGUGUGGAACUCUCAUUUACAUGGCUCCAGAGUUUUUUAUCCAGAAAACCUAUUCGAAACCAAUAGAUAUAUGGAGCUGUGCUAUAAUUAUGUAUUAGCUAUUAUGUCAUGGAACUCAUCCUCUCUAUGAUCCUUUAGUAGACGACAAUAAAUCUUUUAAAAAUAAAAUCUAAAAAAAUCCAUAAAUAUAGUUUCCUUCAUGUUUUUCAGAUAUCACUAAAAAUUUGAUUCAAAAAAUGACUUUAAUUGAUCCUUCAGCAAGAUAUACUGCAAACUAAGUAAUCUACCACCCUUGGAUUACAUAAAAACUAGAAGAUGACAUACCUCUCACAAUGAAUGAAAUGCUUUCAACUGUAAAUAAACAGACAAAUUUUUCAAAUAUGCAGAAAGCAAUUUGUUUUAUCUUAUUUAUGAAAAUGAAAUAAAAUAAUGACUAACCACUCGUUUCAUAAAAAUAUAAAGAAAAAUGCAAAAAAUUCUCUCAAAAAAAAAGAAAAGAAAGCAAAGUUAAUUAAAAAAUAGAUAUUUACUCGUAGAAUUAUUUAAAUAGUAUUAUAGACUUAGAUCAAACUAAAAGGAUAAGUUCCUUCAUAUCUGAUGAUUUAAGCGAAGAUGCCAAAUCUUAAUCAAGCAACGAAGAUGAUAAUUUAAAUGGUAAAGAAGGUACUCUGUUUAAUCUGCCUUCUGAUAAUAUUAUCUCUUAAAAUGAAGGGCUAUCUCCCAUUUAAAGAAAUUCUUUAAUAUAAACAAAUGCAAAUAAAGGAUCCUUGGUAAAUAAGCUUGAACUAAAUUAAUAAAAGUCAGCUUCUCCCUUAUUAAAGAAGUAUUCUCAUAGAAAAUAAUUAUCUGCACAACCUCAAAAUAAGAAAAUUGACUAAGGAAUGAAUGAAAUAACUUAGUUUAAUGGAAUAACAAAUAUUUAAUAGGCUUCAAAUACUUUAAUAAAUGGGAAUACAGAUAAACUAAAUUUAUAAAAAAAUAAUAACAUGUAAUAAUUGAAUGCUAAUAGCAUUCUGUAGCGUAGGUCAAUCUCUCUACACAAAACAAAUACUUAAAACACAUUAGAUUUCAAACAAAGUGAUUAAUAUACAUAACAAAAUGGUAAAAAUUAAGAAUCUCAUGUUUAAUUCGAAAAAAUUCAAAAAAAAGUAAGUUAUGAAACAAAAGAAUCAGAAGGAAAUUCUCCUGGAUUUCAUAUAAAGCUUUUAAAUAGGGAAGAAUUGAAUCAUUAAAUCAAUAAAAGAGAAAGAAUUAACACUUAAAACUCUGUCACAAUAGAUCAGUAAAGAAGUGUCUCUCCAAGAAAGAAAAAUUCUUAAAUUUUCACAAUAAGAAGAGAUAGCUCUAGAAGGGGUUAAGAUGGAAAUGUAAAUAUUAAAGCUCCAAACAGUGUUUCUCCAAUUAAAGUAGCCAAUAGUGCUUCUCCUUACAAAAAUUAUAAUUUCAUGAAAAAUGCUUAAAAAAAUAAUUUCAAUGAUGAAAUGUUAGAAUACUAAAAUUUAAAUAUUUAAAACUAAAACAAUUCUAUUUCAAAUACAAUUUCAACAUAAAAACCACUCAUUAAACAAAAUGGUUAAAACAACUCCACUGAAUCUCCAGAAAGUAAUAAAAGACCUUCUCAGCUAAAAAAUUAUAGUGAAAUACCAGAAAAUUAGAAAAUUAUUCAUCUACAAAAGGCUCAAGCCACAAUUAAGUUGUAGCAAACAAAUAUAUAAAAUUAAUCUCUCUAAACUAAUAUAAAUAACCAAACUUAGCAUUUAAAUAAUACUAUAAAAUUAGUAUAAUAGAGUUCAAAGGCUAAUUAGAAUGCUUAAGUUUCUCCUAUUAUUACUCAUUCUGUUAAUAAUUAAAUUUAAAAUUUUGCUAAGCUAUCCUCCACUCAAUAGCACCAAAAAGAUGCACUACCUGCCAUAUAAUAAGCCUUUAAUUAAAUAAUUCUAAAUAAAGGAAACAGCCAUCCUAACACAAGGCAGACUAGAGCAAUAUCAUAAGAUAUAAAGUAAAUAAAUAUAAAAGGAGUAAAUUAUCAAUCUUAAGCUUUAAAUUAAUCAAUGAUGACUGUGGAAAACCUUAAACAUACAACUGCUCAGAAUUAAUCUGCAAACCAAAAUACUUCUGAAAAUAUUGGAAAAGCAUAGCUAUCUAAGGAAGUAGAAGUGUACAACUAAAACAAAAGAAUGAUUCAAAAUAUUAAUGCAAAUAAAAUAAUAAUAAACCAAAGACCUCAUACAAAAAAAUGA